AUGAACGGGCAAAAAAUGAGAAAGAAUAUUCCCAAAAACAAAAUUAUAUCUUUCUGGACUCCUGUAAAUAGAAACAAAAUAAAUGUAGCCGAAGUUAAAUCAAAGCUAUCUCCUAAUACAUUUCAAGAAACACUACGGGUAACGUUGAUUAUUGGACAAGCAUUCUCCUUACUUCCUGUUAAUGGAAUUAUGAGUAAAAUAGCUACCAAAGUUCGAUUCGAAUGGUCUUCGUGGAAAUGUAUGUAUGCAUUCCUGUCAUUAAUUGGUCAAGUCUUUAUGACGAUUAUGUGUGUAACUAGGGUUACUCAUUCUGAAACUACUUUGAGUGUGACAACACCCAUUAUUUUCUACUUUACGACCUGCAUAACUAUGAUUACGUUCUUUCGUGUUGCUAGAAACUGGCCUAAUCUUGUUCGAAAUAUAUCAUUGGUUGAAGAAGUAGAUCCAAGCUUUGAUCACAGUGUCACAUACAGAUGUAACAUAACUUGCGCAGUUGUAUUGUUUUUAGCUUUGGUCGAACAUAUCCUUUCAUUAUUAUCAGCCUUUGCUGGAGCUAUGACGUGUUAUCCCAAUAAAAGCCUUUACGAGGGGUUCGUAACUCAUUUUUAUCCAUGGGUCUUCAAAUUCUUGCCAUACACGCCAUUUUUGGGAAUUCUUACGCAGUUUCUUCAUUUUCAAUCGACAAUUAUCUGGAACUUUUCCGACUUGUUCGUAAUCUGUAUGAGUUACUACUUGACUUCCCGAUUGGAACAUGUUAACAAAAAACUUUUAGCGGCUCAAGGAAAGUAUUUGCCAGAGGUAUUUUGGAAAACUAGUCGUGAAAAUUACGGUAGAGCGACGGAGCUGGUUCGAAGAGUCGACGACGUAAUUAGCGGAAUUGUCUUCAUUUCCUUCGCUAACAAUCUUUUUUUUAUUUGUCUGCAGCUGUUUAAUACUUUGGAGAACGGAAUCAAAGGAACUGGAGAAUGCAGCAGACAAGCGACAAGGAAAGUAUUUUUUUGA